AUGCGUCGUGCUGUUUCCCAAGGUCUACAGGCCUUCCGUACUCUUCGCUAUAGUACAGCAUGGACAACCAGUGGUAGGCGAUCCUCCCGCGCCUACUUCUCCAGUGGGCAGGCUCUCGCUCUACACAGGAGACAAACACCGUACACACCAGCUUCACUUCAUGCCUCCAUGCACGUCCGCAACCUUUCUCUCGCUUUUCUUUCCACUCUGGUUGCCUCGGGCGCCUGGUACGUGUAUAAGGGGACACAACAACAGUCCUCAUUUCUGAAUGGUACCACAAACCUUCAAUCACGAGGAAUAGCGGAUACAACGACGGAGACAGCAACGGGCAAUUCUACAACUUCUACUCGUCGGGCUUUGUUGGUCGAGAACGACCAGUUUUAUACUGCGAUUUUGUCAGGUGAUCAGCCUAUUGCCAAACAAUCGGACGAUUCGGAUAGGAGGGUACUGGAAAUGUUGACACCAGAGCAAGCCACACAGAAGCUGCGUAAGAACGAUGAAUCUUAUCUAGUCAGCCGCGGACGAGGUGUUGUUCGAUAUGAUAUUACACAAGUCCCGAGCAACUCGCCUAUUGAAGAUGAUCACGCAGAAAAGAUUGUGGAGGUUCCGCUGGCUACUGCGCAAGAUGGAUCUACCAACAGCGACUGGAUGUUCUGGGGAGUGUUUGACGGGCAUUCUGGCUGGACGACAUCCGCCAAACUUCGAAACGUCCUCAUUUCCUACGUCGCUCGCGAACUGAACACUACGUACAAGGCUGCCGCUGCAGAUCCUUCGAUCCAAACCCCAUCACCGGAAGCUAUUGAUAACGCUAUCAAGCAAGGAUUCGUCCGUUUGGAUAAUGACAUCGUCUAUGAAAGCGUCGACAAGGUCAUGAAAUCGAAUUCUCGCCGUGUUGCCGCUGAAAUCCUGGCCCCCGCCCUCUCUGGAUCUUGCGCAUUACUCGCUUUCUACGAUUCCCAAUCUCAGGACUUACGUAUCGCAGUCGCUGGAGAUUCACGAGCGGUCCUUGGACGCCGUGGACCUAGCGGUAAAUGGGUCGCAACUGCCUUGUCAGAAGAUCAGACCGGUGGUACGCCAUCGGAGAUUGAGCGUCUACAAAAGGAACAUCCCGGCGAGCAGUACGUUGUCCGAAACGGCAGAAUCUUAGGACAACUUGAACCUAGUCGCUCCUUUGGCGAUGCAUUCUACAAAUGGACGAGGGAAACACAGGACAAGAUCAAGAGCCGCUUCUUUGGACGCACACCUCACCCUAUGCUCAAGACGCCGCCCUAUGUCACUGCGGAGCCCAUUAUUACACGAACAAAGAUCGAUCCCAAGCAAGGCGACUUUGUUGUGUUGGCGACUGAUGGAUUGUGGGAGAUGUUGACCAACGAGGAAGUCGUCGGCCUUGUAGGCCAGUGGCUAGAAACACAACGCCAGGGAGAUAGUGGAAAUCGUUCUUGGUUGCAAGGUCUAUGGGGUUCUUCAGAGACCAAACAAUUACCCGUUGAGAAAGCUACUGAGACAAGGACCGCGGGACAACGACCACCAAUCCGUCAGCAACAGUACGAUAUCUCUGGAGCAGCGCAACGAUUUGUUGUCGAAGACAAGAACGCUGCUACUCAUUUGGUCCGAAAUGCCAUGGGAGGAAAGGAUAGAGAUAUGGUAUCUGCUUUGUUGACGUUGCCUAGCCCAUACUCUAGACGAUAUCGGGACGACAUCACCGUUGAAGUCAUCUUCUUCGGCGAGAGCGCCAACGACGGCAGUGUCACCAUAAACAAAGAAGCAACUGCAUCGGCCGAGACAGCCAAACCCAAGUUGUGA